CACUCCGACAGUCCGACGGAGACUCGAGUCACUCGGCAAGUCGGCAUUUGAUUGACUCAAUCAAGCCUCGAGGACCUCGUCGGCGACUAACCGGAGAUGGCCGCCAGUUGCCGGGGCACAGUCUACUCCACCACCGCCGCCGCCAUACUUUUCGUUCUCCACCUCCUCACCGCCUGCUGCUCUUCUUCGCCAUCCCAGGAGCAGGACAGGUUGGCACUCCUCCAGCUCAAGAACGGCCUCUCCGCCAGCUCCGGCGACCUUCUCCAGCACUGGUCGCCGGAAUCCGGAAGAAACCCCUGCUCGUGGCCGGGGGUUGCCUGCGGCGCGCGGUCCGGCCGCGUUGUGGCCCUCUCGCUCCCAUCCCGACCCGGCCGGCGCCUCGCCGGGGAGCUGUCACCGGCGGUGGCAAGCCUCACCGAGCUCAAAGUACUCUCCUUCCCCUCUGGCGGGCUCCGUGGAGAGAUUCCUGAAGAAGUCUGGAGUCUGCGGCACCUCGAGGUGCUCAACCUCGCCGGCAACUCCCUCCUUGGCCACCUGCCGGCCACCUUCCCCGAGGGGCUGAAAAGCUUGGACCUUUCCGGGAACCGGCUGUCCGGGAGAAUCCCGCCGGCGCUUGGGAAGCUUGCAAAGCUGCGGGUUUUGGACUUGUCCGGGAACAGGUUGAACGGCGGCGUUCCGCCGGAGCUCUGCCAUUGUAGGGACCUUGUCAAGAUGGACCUCAGCAGAAAUUUCCUUCAUGGUCAGGUGCCCUCCGGUCUCAUGGAGCUCAGGAACUUGAAAUUUCUCUCAUUAGCUGGGAAUAAUUUCAGUGGCGAGAUACCUUCCGGUUUGGGCCAGCUGAGUUCACUGAAGUUUCUAAAUUUGUCUAGUAAUUCUCUAUCAGGGAAAAUUUGUCCCAUUGAUCGUGUGGCACUAAGAAAUCACGCUGUUCUACUGCUGGACAACAACAGGCUCUCUGAGGAGAUACCUGCUGCUCCUGCUCCUGCUCCUGUGUCAUCACUUCUAGCUGUUAAUGUUUCCUCAGUGACAGAUGCUACUUCAGGUGUAAACCCAUCACCCCAGCACACUGAACUGUUUGCAGCCUCCAGCACAUCGACAAGUAAGCGAGUGCUGGAUGAAGCAAAUCCGGGCACACUGCCUGAUGGCGGCAGCAGUGGUGGUGGUUUGAGAACCGCAGAGAUUGCUGCCAUAGUUGCAGCAUCAUCCGUUAUCGUGAUUCUGUUCGUCGUGGUUAUCCUGUACAUGUGCACAAGGAAAUCGACCCGGAGGCUGUCAAGACGCUCUUUCAGGAGAAGGGAAGUCAAGGUUUUUGACAAUGUUGAUGUUGGAGUCCCCCUGACUUAUGAGACAGUUAUUCGUGCCACUGGGAAUUUUAAUGCUAGCAAUUGCAUUGGUAAUGGCGGCUUUGGUCCAACAUACAGAGCCGAGAUUGCACCUGGAGUUCUUGUGGCAAUAAAGAGGCUUGCUAUUGGGAAGCAACACGGUGACAAGGAGUUCCAAGCAGAAGUGAAAAUCCUUGGGCAGUGCCGUCAUCCUAAUCUUGUCACUCUCUUAGGGUACCAUAUCAGUGAUUCUGAGAUGUUUCUGAUAUACAACUAUUUUCCAGGUGGCAACUUGGAAAGGUUCAUACAAGAGAGAACUAAGAGGCCAAUCAGUUGGAAAAGGCUUCACAAAAUUGCUCUGGAUGUUGCCCGUGCUCUUGCAUACAUGCAUUACGAGUGUGUCCCCCGCAUUCUGCACCGAGAUGUCAAGCCAAACAACAUAUUGCUCGACGAUGAAUGCAAUGCUUUUCUUUCUGAUUUUGGCUUAGCAAGGCUUCUUCGGAACUCAGAAACACAUGCGACAACUGAUGUUGCUGGUACUUUUGGUUAUGUCGCACCCGAGUAUGCAAUGACAUGUCGGGUGUCUGAUAAGGCAGAUGUGUAUAGCUAUGGAGUAGUACUUCUUGAAUUGAUUUCAGAUAAGAAAGCACUGGACCCAUCAUUUUCUCCGUAUGGAAAUGGUUUCAACAUUGUUACUUGGGCUGUCAGGCUUAUCCAAAGAGGUAGAGUUCGCGAAUUCUUCAUUGAGGGCCUGUGGGAUAAGGCCCCACAUGAUGAUCUUGUUGAGUUCUUAAACCUGGCAGUCCAGUGCACAGGGGAGUCUCUUUCUUCUAGGCCCACAAUGAAGCAUGUAGUUCGACGUCUAAGGGAACUUCGACCACCUUACUAGGAGCAGCAACGCAAACCUGUCACCUGAACACCUGCAUACUGAAAGGACCUAAGAAGCACUGGCAGGGUAAUGCCUAGGUCAGCUUUGUUUUGCCUGUACAUUCUUCCCCUUUUUGCUUGUAAAUUAUCUUUUUAUUAAUGAAAAUCACAGUAGGGGCCUCCCCUCCUGCUUUAGUUAAAGAAAAAUAAAUAAAUGUCUAGGUCGGCUGCCCUGCCAUCGUCGAUCUCCUUGGCAGCCAUCGUCUGCACCAAAUUUCCAGUAAUGUCACUGAAAUGUUAUCUAGUUGCAGAACUGUUGAAGCAUUCAACUUUUUGUAAUGUUGUAUAUCACUGAAGCUGAUGGCUUAUGACAUGAUAGAUAGUUUGACUUGUAUGGAUUGAUAAUUUGUGAUAACAUGUUAACUGAUGUU